CUCGCGAGGGGUCACCCUUCCUCACCCCAAGAAGGGGGCUGCCGUUCUGCCUCCCGAUAAUCUACGGUUAUUUCUGGCGGCUCAACGGAUUAGAGGGUGAUGGGCAGCUCUCAGAACCCCGCUUUCCUUCUUCUCUCUCCUUCUGACUUCCCCACUCCGCAGAAACCCCCCCGGGGACAGAAGUUGAAGAAGAAGAAAAAGCCAGAGGCCCCUGAGUCCCCCAGCCCCACUGGAUCCAAGCCCCGCAGACCUGGAGCCGGGCGGAGGGGGAGACCUCGGGAGGAGCCCGCCCCCGAACCAGCCGAGGCCGGGGCGCCGCACACCGUCUACGCCAGGUUCCUCCGGGACCCCGAGGCCAAGAAGCGCGACCCCCGGGAAACCUUCCUGGUAGCCGGUGCCCCCGACGCGGAGGACGAGGAUGGAGAUGAGGAUGAAGAGGAAGAAGAAGAAAAUAAAGAGAAAGCCCCUCUGCCUCCCAAGAAACCCCCUAAAGAGAAAACUUCUGCAGACAUAAAGGAGAAGAGGGCCAAGGCCCAGAGAUGUCAUGGAGACUCAGGGAGCCCUGUCCCCCCACCUAAGUCUCUGCAUAUAAAGAAGGAGAUGCCAGCAGGGGAUGGGACCAAGCUGAGAAAGAUCAAGAAGAAAGGGGCUGGCGAUGCUGAGAAGGAUCCCUCGGUGAGUCCAAUCACAGUGAAGAAGAAGAUUCCAGCAGCCAUGUUUCUGGUUGGGGGCGAUGGCCCAAUUGAGAAACCUUUGAAGAAAAAAGGCACUUCCAAAGGCACAGAAGGGGAGAAAGAAGAGGAUGAGGGAAAAGAGGCAGCAGCCAUGGAAACUAAGAACAGCAAUCAGAAGGGCAAAGCCAAAGGAAAAGGCAAAAAGGAGGAGAAAGCAAGAGCCCUGUCCCCACCCGUGGAAGUGGAUGAACCCCGAGAGUUCGUGCUCCGGCCUGCCCCCCAGGGCCAGACAGUGCGCUGCCGGCUAACCAGAGACAAGAAGGGCAUGGAUCGAGGCUUAUACCCCUCCUACUUCCUGCACCUGGAUACAGAAAAGAAGGUGUUCCUCUUGGCUGGCAGAAAGCGGAAACGGAGCAAGACAGCUAAUUACCUCAUCUCCAGUGAUCCCACCAAUCUGUCCCGAGGAGGGGAGAAUUUCAUCGGGAAGCUGAGGUCCAACCUUCUGGGGAACCGCUUCACUGUCUUUGACAAUGGACAGAACCCACACCGCGGAGGUAGCGCUGACAUGGGCAGCCUUCGGCAGGAGCUGGCAGCUGUCAUCUAUGAAACCAACGUGCUGGGCUUCCGAGGUCCGCGGCGCAUGACCGUCAUCAUCCCAGGAAUGAAUUCGGACAGCCAGAGGGUCCCCAUCCGCCCCCGAAAUGCCAGCGAUGGGCUGCUGGUACGCUGGCAGAAUAAGACACUGGAAAGCCUCAUCGAGCUGCACAACAAGCCACCUAUCUGGAAUGACGACAGCGGCUCCUACACCCUCAAUUUCCAAGGCCGGGUCACCCAGGCCUCAGUUAAGAACUUCCAGAUUGUUCACAGAGAUGAGCCCGACUACAUCGUGCUGCAGUUCGGCCGCGUCGCGGAGGACGCCUUCACCCUAGAUUACCGGUACCCGUUGUGCGCCCUGCAGGCCUUCGCCAUCGCGCUCUCCAGUUUCGACGGGAAGCUGGCCUGCGAGUGACCCCACCCCCACCCCCUCCCAGAGCCCUCCAGCGUGGAGAGAAGAGGGGACUCUUCUUUGCUACGGGCUGACCCCCGUGACCCCUCUCUGGGUGACCUUCCUCCACUUCCCAACCUGGCACAGGCGGAGGCAGAGGAGGAGCUCCGACGGCGGGUCAGAGGGAGAUGAAGAACAUCUGGAAUUAGAACCGCACAUCUGGCCUCGCAGCUAGCAUGCACGGCUUCACCCCUCCCGCCCCAGUCACUUCCUGUCCAGGAGCAGUAGUCAGUGUUGUUUUAACCCCCUCCGGGACUGCACUCGGGCUCGGAGAUGGGGGGGUCGGGUACCCACACCUCCAAUAAAAUGUGUCCACGGCU